UUUUCAGUUGGUAACACAAGCGGUCUGUACAAGGGCAUCCAGUACUUUCACUGCAGAGAUGGAUAUGGCAUAUUCACUCAUGCAAGAAACAUCAGAUUUGUUCCAAGCAAAAGAAGGUAAGUCAAGCUUUGCAAACAAAGAAAACUACAAAUUUUGUUAAUACCUAAUUUUAAAAUGAGCAUAUCACAAGAUGGUGUAGUAAAUUGAUCUCAUGGAUAACAAUUCCCUCAUUACAGGUUACAUGAUACCUACAGACCAGUUUCUAAAACCUCCUUUGUAGACGAGACUCUCUUUGCUAGGACUGAAGGUACAGAUAUUUUUUUUCACAUUUUCAAUUUUCAGUUCAGUAACAGCUAGCAAGAUCUAGCCACUUAUUUUAAGACCCCUAUGUAUGUUCUGGCUGGAAUUUCAACUCAGCACCUCCUGUUCAACAAACGACCCUGCAUGUGAAUACAGAGGUACCUAAGUGUAUCAAUUCAACAGAGUUUUUUCACUCACAUGGCCAGCAGCUAUUUAGGUAAAUUUGUUGGGAUAAAAGGAAGUGUUUGUAUAACAAAAAAUUCAACUCCCACCGGAGGCCUCAGCUAAUUCUAAUGAUAAAUAAAAUUAUUAUAAAUUUUUAUAGCUGGAUCGAAAUCUAUGUUCUCUUCCUCCUCAACAGUGACACCAGUGAAAAGCUACUCUGAUCCUGAGGUUAUAUCACACAAAUACCUUAACAGAGUAAAGACAUUGCUUCAAGGUAAGUUAUUUUAACUUAUUCUAUUAUUAUUUGAUUACAGUUCUCUAAACACUCCAUUAUUAGCAUUUAGUGACUUAACUUGCACAAUCCACCAUUUACAGUGCACCUAGGACCGCCAUGUGAAUGCCAGCAUUGGACAGGUUUUUUUUAACUUUUGAAUUGCAUAUAUCUUUAUUUAUCAAUUUUAAUUUGCAAUAG